AUGUCCGCCCCCCACCGCUCCGUCGCAAACAUUCGCGGCGGCCAGCUCCCCAGCAUCAGCGCCUCCAGCCCACACACACCACCCCGCGCCGCUCCCUCCGCCUUCGGUUCCCCUUCGACUCUUCGCGCUGAAGAAGACCUUAUUGUUAUAGAGAUUGGAUCUCGCUUCGUACGAGUGGGAUUUGCGGGAGAUACCAUACCGAGAGUGCAGCUCCAACUGCCCCCGGAACAGCAGCGAAGGGUGGGAGAUUACAGGAUAUGGACGGCGCGCGGCGAGGAUGACUGGACGAAGCGGCCGAGGGGGCAGCAUUGGGGAGAGGAUUACGAGCUGUGGAGGAAUGAUGUGAGGACGACGGACCUCGGGCUCGUGGAGGAUAAGUUACAUAGGCUGCUGCGUGAGGCCUUCUCAAAACACCUAUUAAUCGACUCGAAACCAAGACACUUGCUAUUCAACCAAUUCCAAUCACCGAUGAUAUCCCUCCUCUCAAACGCGACCAUGUCCACCAUAGCGGCGGGUGUACGGUCGGCUGUGAUCGUCGACCUCGGAUGGGGAGAAACCAUCGUGACGACCGUGUACGAAUACCGCGAGGUUAAGUGUACGAGAAGCAUAAGAGGGGGCAAGCACCUAGUGUCCUCACUGCAUAGGAUAAUCAGGGAUGCGCUACGAGAACAGGGAACGGCAGUCCGUGAAACAGACGAAGAGGAAGCCGAGGACCGGCACGUUCUGAGCUUCGGGGAGUGCGAGGACAUCUGCACAAGGGCUGUGUGGUGCAAGCCCUCCAACAAAAAUAAAACUACGCAGGCAGAACCAGGCGAAGGCUUACCCACCGUUCAGGAGGAGCAGGAGCAGGAUGAGCUCGAGCAAGAAGAGCCCGAGGCUCCCUCAGCCGCCACGCAAGAGGCCAAAACAAUUACGAUCCCUCUACAAUCGACGAGACCGCCGACGAAUCUAACUGUACCCUUCUCUCGGCUUGCAGACGCAUGUGAGAACACGUACUUUGAAGAGAGGCCGAACGCGCCGUGCAGCUUCGACGACGAAGAGCUUCCGGUCCACUGGCUCGUCUACAAGCAUCUACUCCACCUACCUCUCGACGUGCGAGCUACCUGCAUGCCGCGCAUAAUUUUCACGGGAGGCUGCUCCAAGAUUCUCGGGCUCAAAGGUAGAAUAUUCGACGAGCUUUCGGAGCUCGUACGUAUGCGAGACUGGGACCCCGUGACAGGCCGAGCCGCCGAGGCCGUCAAGAAAAACCCCAAACUCCGUCGCUACAACUCCCGACAGGCCGGGACCGGACCGACGGCUGUUCUCGGUCAAGAAGGCGAAGCUGGCGAGGAGGAUGGCGUGUGGCACGACGCGGCGAACGCCAUACCGGAAACGAACGCCAUCGACGAGAAGCUGGACAGGCGCAAGACGAAGCCGAUCCAGGGGGAGCUUAGGGCUCUCGAGUCGUUGGGACCGUGGACCGGUGCGAGCUUGGCGUGUCAGCUCAAGGUGCUGGCGGUUGCGAACGUUGAGAGGGAGGCGUGGCAGCUGCAUGGUGCUAAUGGGGCGUCGAGACCGGGGGACGUCGAUGCUAAGACGCAGCAGAGGCAGAGUUUGGGUCAUGGUGGGUUGAUGAGGGGUGCGGCUGGGGGCCAGGAUCGAGCUUGGACUCUUGGAGCAUGGGGCGUGUUAUAA